GAUAAAGGAAACGUAGUCAAUUGACAGUUAAGCGGAAUGCUACAAAUUGGUGUCAUGCAGUUUUAUAGUCCCUCUUUGAGAGCAGCAUAUAUACACUGUUUGUUAGACUUGAACAUAGAAAUAAUCUAUUGUGCUGAAUGAAUAGAAUAAAGAGUGCUGGAAAAAAGUCCAGUUUGUAAAAUGACUUGAAGGGGACAUUACUUUGGGAAAUUCUGUAUCUGUACAGUAUCAGGUAAGUGGCUGAGGUCACACUUGUAUUCGGUUGCUGUGUCAUCAUUGUACGUCUGUGAGCAUUGGCCGAGGGCUCUACUGCAGGGCACAGGGCAGGGCGUUGUGUCUUUGGCAGUUGACCGAGUAGCUUGCAACAAAAGGGUUAUUGUAUGAAAAAAAGAAAAAAAAAAUCAUGUGACUGUUACUGUGUGUGUUGGUUCCACCCCCUGUCAUGUGAUGAGGGCAGGGCUACAUGGAGUUAGUUGUGAGCUGCUCCUUCCACAACUGCACGCGCACGGCGUUAGCAAAGUGAGGAGAUGGAAGGAUGUGUGGUGGACAUGGGAAGGUUUGGAAAGUCUGACACACUCUGGGAAGAAGGGGGGAGAGUAUACAUGAUGCCUCGUCUGUCUUGGCCUAUCUCUCACUACCGCGGUGGAAGCCACCAAGCAGAGGUGCUGUCGGGAGUCACAGGCUGUGACUGCCAAUCACUCACGAGCAUGAAUCAUGACCUCAGUGGUACUGGUUGACAACAGUGGGACAGUGGUCGAGUAUGUCACAGCAGUGGAGGACCCACAGCAGCAGGACAGUGAGUUUGAUGUGGAUCUGGAGAUGGAGGGCGAAGUGGAGGGCGAGUGUGACGGCGAAGAGGUAGAUGAUGGAAGAGAAGCUGAGACCGACCCAACAGUCGUUGUGGAGGAGGUUCCUGGUGCCAUUUUAUCUGAGGAGCCUGGUUACUCAGCCCAGGUGGUGGUGUAUGGUGACGAAACGUACAUAAUGCAGGAAGUGAGCAGUGAGCAGGAUGUGGAGUCCGAAAGGGGGGCAGUUGAGGCCUCUGUCCAUGGCACUAAUGUGCACUGCUCUGACAAGACCAUCGAGGCUGCGGAGGCUCUGCUUCACAUGGACUCACCAUCCAGUAUCAGAGAAGACUGCAGUCCAGCAACACCAGAGUUCCUCCAUGCCGCCAUGCGUCCGGACAUUGCAGGGACGGAGGUGGAGAUAUCAACAGAGGGCUGCUGCGAUGAUGAUGAUGAAGACGACAAUGAUGAUGAUGAUGAUGACGACGAAGAUAUAGGCGACUUGAUAGAGGAGCCAGAGGCGGAACACGACCAUGAGCCUGUCAGGAAGAGGAGAGCUGGACGAAAACUGAAAACGCAUCAGUCGUAUUCGAAUGGCUCAGUUGAUCUCGGGCUCAGGAAGAAGUCGAGAGAAGGCAAAGCAGGAAACACCAUCUACUUAUGGGAGUUCCUUUUGGACCUCCUGCAGGACAAGAACACGUGUCCAAGGUACAUUAAGUGGACACAGAGGGAGAAGGGCAUCUUCAAGCUGGUGGACUCCAAGGCCGUAUCGAAGCUAUGGGGAAAACACAAAAACAAGCCAGAUAUGAACUAUGAAACAAUGGGUCGGGCGCUCAGAUACUACUACCAGCGUGGAAUCCUUGCCAAAGUCGAAGGCCAGCGUCUGGUUUACCAGUUUAAAGAAAUGCCCAAAAAUCUUGUGAUCAUUGACGACGACAAGACGGAAAUGUCCGUCACCGACGUGCCGAUGCGCUCGGAGACGACGGCGUCCUACCAGCGCAUGCUGCAGCCGCCAGACGUCGUGCUGAAGGGCUCCCAGCUGUCCUUCAGGAAGAGCCCCGAGGUGUCUUUCAGAAAGCCCAACAUCCUGCGUGGCGGCAGCAGAGCCAAUGUGGCACACGCCCCUGCCGCCACGGGCGACAAGACCGUGGCGGCCAGUGUCUCGGGGACGGCGACCACCUUGGGAGAUGGGAGUCAGAUUCAACAGGCGGCUAUCCUUUCAAAUGCGUCCGGGCCCAGGACGGUGCGAGUCGCCAUGCAGGUGCCGGUCGUGAUGACAUCAUUGGGUCAGAAGAUUUCGACGGUUGCCAUGCAGCAGUCAGCUGUCAGGACGGGGGCAGCUGGGCAUACCACCCUCAUGUCCACCGCUUCUGCUCUUGGUGCUACUGCUGGAGCUGCCAACUCUCAACAGAAGGUUGUGAUCCAGACCAUCCCUACCAUGGUCCCAGCCACAGCAGAGAAUGGCGAGAAGAUCACCGUCCAGCUGGCCAAGAUCAUCACCAUCCCAGCUCACCAAUUAGCCCAAUGUCAGCUGCAGACCCCCACGGGCGCCGCCAAGCCCGGUGUCAGCUCGCCAGCGACUGGCAUCAGCCUCCUAGGAAGCCCACUCACGGUGCAGACCCUGGCCCCGGUCGGUGUGACCUCGGGAGCACAGGUUAUGAGGCUGUCUGUGCCUGUGCCUGCUCAAGCGCAACAACAACCGCCUGCUGCGACGGCACAGCCGUCGGGGAGCCCGGCGGGUUCCGUCACAGUGGCGACGGCCGAAGGCUCGGCUUCGCCGCAGCCGCGCGUGGUCGGUGGCCUUUUUAAUGGCUCGGAGCUGGUGGUGAGUGGGGACGAGCUUAAGGCUGCCGGUGUCCAAGUCCAAGCGGUGCAGGUACCCGUGACGGUCGCUGUCCCGCAGAAUAAAGGCAUUGUCAAAGGCGCCCCGUCGCAUGCGCUAAUCAAACUGGAAUCCACCGAGGUGGUGAAGACUGAAGAGCCAGAGUGUUGAGAUCCACCGGUCAUUCACACACGCUCCCUUUCCCCACCCGAGUGAAUCACUUUGUACAUGAAACUUUGUUUUUUUUUUUAUUACACUUGUGAUAACCAGCAGAAGUUUGAUAGACUUUUAAAUGCCGUUUUUUUUUUCUCCUCUCUGCUGCAUGAAGCAUUUCAGCCAAGCCUGUAAAAUGAAAAGUCUGUGGUGGAGCCCAACAUGCAAAUAGGAACAGACAAACUUGAAAGGGACCAACCCAUAUCACUACCGCUACGCCCGCUCACAAGGAACUCGUCACGAGCAGAAAGUCUCAUCAACCCAAAACACUACACAAGCGAUUUGAACAAAAGUCCAAUGUCCUCUAAUUGGUUCAAAAAAAAGUGUACGCACGUAGAAGCCUGAUUGCUUUUCUGUUUUGUUUUUGUGUGCGAUUGUUUCAACCAGCAAUUUCUACUUCAGGCACUGUGCAAAUCAAUGUAUGUCUGCACGUGUGUGUGUGGUGCUACAUGAGUCCCAAAGGAGUAUUUUAGAACUAUAUAUAUGUAAAUGGCUACGAUACAUAGUUUACAGAGCUAAUAACAGGGCAGCCUUUGGUUUUAAUUUUGACCUCCUUAAUGUACUAUAUGAACUGUAAGUUGAAUUAAUUUUUAUUUUUUAAAAAUCUUUUCAUAACUUGUACCAAGCACAGUAUUACAGAAACAAGAGGAUCGAACAUUUGCUAACGGAAUAGCGGAGCUAUGAGUUUUUUUUGGCACGGGGGGAUCAAAGCACUGGUUUGUUUCUCACGACUCAUGACUGGUCUGUUUUGAUUUCAUUUUGAGACAGUUGAAAUAAUGAGGCGGCAAAUUGUCAGCAAAAUAGGGAUUUAUCUUUUUACUAGUUCUUAGCUGUGGCAAUCGAACCAGAUCAUGCAAACUGUACAGUUAACGUCAUGAAAUCAUCAGAAAUACAAACCCUUGAGUGCUUUCUAUCAUCGAUCUCAGUUAUGCAGAACGUUCAUUGAGGGUUCUUUUUUUCUUUCUUAACUAAUGGUUGACUUUGAGCCAGUCCACACUGCCACGUCUCAGAUAAACAAAUCCAUGGGAAUAUGUAUAUAACCUAAUUCUUUAAUUGAUAGCGGAUGUGUUAAGUAUCCUGAAUGUGAUGUCAGUCUUCAAGUCCCAGAGGUCACUUAAAAAAGGUCAUAUUUUUUUUCCUGUCACGUUGGCCCUACACCUACAUUUCAUUUUUUUUAACAAAAAAGGGGGAAAAUACUGAAGUUUUGUGUUCAGACUGAACUGUUUGUAUAUUCAACAUUUGAAGUAUAUUCUAUUUUGUUGUACUCUUGUUUCAAAGUGUAUUAAAGUAGAUUUUACUGAA